CAGAAUCGGGGCAGGAAUGAGCCGACCGGAGUCAAACGGUGACUCCUGUCGGCUCAUUAAAGUCAAUGGAUUUCAGCGCUGAUCCAGCUGGGGUACAGGAGCACAAGGUUUUACCCUCCCCCAGCCAGAUCCGGCAGCCUGAAAACAUGGUGUGCAUGCACCCUUAGUGGCAGGACAUUAGUGACAGUGUAAGUACUGUACGUACACAACACUACAGUCCAGCCAGGGGAGGGUUAAGCUGUGCAGGCUCCAUGUGCUUGGUGCAGCAGCUGAGCUGCGCUCUAGAGGAGAACUUCCUUCAUCAAUCAGAGGAGUUGUCACUUCACUGGCAGAGGAAGGGGAGACAUCGGUGCAAGCUCUUUAUCUCCCUUCCUCUCUGCAUUGAGAUUUUCUUCACCUCACAGGCCCUGCCGGAGACUCUGUUGUUCUUGACCUUGAGCAUCUGGGGGUGGGGCAGGGCCGGGCAUGGACAAGACAGACACUGCAGUAUGUGGAACCCAAACCAAGGAAUGACCAGUGGACAACCACAAUAUGCACCUCCACCAUAUGAUAUGGUCCAGUCAACACCAUCUUAUGGUCAACCUACUUCUCUUCCUCCACAAUACAGUGAAAAUCCACCUGGUUUAUCACCAUAUGGUCAAAAUGAUUCUGCCCCCCCUCCUUAUAGUCACUUGCCACAUGCUCCUCCUGGUCAAGGAUACAAUGUAACAGCUGAGUCUAAUUUUGGGUCUUAUUCCUCGAGAACCAAUUCCUAUCCUUCACCAAAUAGGUGCCAAAAUUGCCAAGCAAACCACGAAUCAUGUGCAUGUCAAGAUUCACGCAGGCAUCAUGGAAUUAUUGGAUCACUUCUGCACGGGCACCAUGAACAUCAUGAACGCGAUGGACAUCAUCAAGAUUCCCACAGACACCAUGAACGUCAUCAUGAACACCACAGACAUCAUGGUCUUAUAGGGCUUCUUACACACCAUAAACAUCAUGAAUCUCAUAAUAAGUGACAUAAUAAAUCAAAGUCCGGAUAAAUUAAAAUCUGUGUGGUCAAAUGUACAAAGUACAAAAUUUUGAUGAAUAAAUAG